UUCGUUGCUCAGAGGCUUGAAGGUGAAACUAAUCACUGUCUUUAAGAACCUGGUCUCAUGCUGCAAUUCUGCUCCAAGUGAGGGCUGGGAGAAGAAAUAUUAGAAAGGACUUUGACAAGAGAUGACCUUAAAGGAAGUGAGAUCCUUCUUAGCUAGGAAUUCAGUAACACUUGCCAGGAGAAUGCAUCCUAUCAAUGACACCCAGUUCUAUCCCCACUUCUUCUUCCUGCUAGGAAUACCAGGACUGGAAACUUUGCACAUCUGGAUUGCUUUCCCAUUCUGUAUCGUGUACCUGAUUGCCAUUGUGGGGAAUAUGACCAUUCUUUUUGUGGUCAAAACUGAACACAGUCUACACCAGCCCAUGUUCUACUUCCUGGCCAUGUUGUCUAUGAUUGAUCUCGGUCUGUCCACAUCCACCAUCCCCAAAAUGCUAGGAAUCUUCUGGUUCAACCUCCAAGAGAUCAGCUUUUGGGGCUGCCUUCUUCAGAUGUUCUUUAUUCACAUGCUUACAGGCAUGGAGACUGUUCUGUUGGUGGUCAUGGCUUAUGACCACUUUGUUGCCAUCUGCAACCCUCUCCAGUACACCAUGAUCCUCACCAAUAAAACCAUCAGUAUCCUAGCUUCUGUGGUUGUUGGAAGAAAUUUAGUUCUUGUAACUCCAUUUGUGUUUCUCAUUCUGCGUCUGCCAUUCUGUGGGCAUAACAUCAUACCUCACACAUACUGCGAGCACAUGGGUCUGGCCCGGUUGGCCUGUGCACCUAUCAAGAUCAACAUAAUCUAUGGGCUCAUGGUGAUUUCUUAUAUUAUUGUGGAUGUUAUCCUGAUUGCCUCUUCCUACAUAUUUAUCCUUCGAGCUGUUUUUCACCUUCCCUCUCAAGAUGCCCGACUAAAGGCCUUCAACACCUGUGGUUCUCAUGUCUGUGUUAUGCUGUGCUUUUACACACCAGCAUUUUUUUCUUUUAUGACACAUCGUUUUGGCCAAAACAUUCCCCGCUAUAUCCAUAUUCUUUUGGCUAACCUUUAUGUGGUUGUCCCACCUGCCCUUAACCCUGUCAUUUAUGGAGUCAGGACCAAGCAAAUCCGAGAGCAGGUUGUGAAAAUAUUUGUACAGAAAGAAUAACUCUGUGAUAAAGUUUGGAUAAAUAUAUCUAUAUACAACCCAAAUAAUCAUCAUCUGAGCUCCAUUUUUAACCUUCUGUAAUGGUCAUGUUUGUCAGAUUUUUUCAUUUUGACUAGAAGUGGUUUAGUGUUGACAGAUAACGCAAAGCUACCUUUGCUGACCAUUUCUCCCACUUCCCUCCAUGUACUUGGAAAAAAGCUAUAUAUAUAUAUAUAUACACACACACACACACACACACACACAUAUAUAUAUAUAUCUCCUAUUAGUUCAGUCCCUCUAACACACACACACACACACAUAUAUAUAUAUAUAUAUAUAUAUAUAUAUAUAUAUAUAUAUAUAUAUCUCCUAUUUAGUUCAGUCCCUCUAACAAAAACCCUGACUAACACUUUUUCUUUUAUGUUCUUUCUCUAAUAAACUUAAUGUUUGUGACUUUAGGAAUAUGAGACAGUACAGUGUGGAUAUUACAGAGACAUGUUUUCUCACUUGAAGCAACGUCAUUUCAGAUGUGACAACUUGUAUGUGUCUCAUAUCUAAUUCUAACUGAAUUCUGACAAUUUCCUUUCAGAUAAAAUGUAUAAAACUUAUGAGACUUCAUAAAGCCUAUAAAAACAAUUAGGCUUAUGCUAUGGUAAGCACAGGGCCAGACUUGACAUCAACCUCAAAAUAAUCUCAUUAUAAUCUAUUAGUUCUGUAGAUUUCCAAUGCUUAGUCCCAUUUUCAAACUCCAGAUAUGGCCAGAGAAUGUGGUUUGCUUUAAAAUCGAUAAAAGAGACACUGAACUGAAAUUUGUGACUUAUCAUGGUACUCAUGCUUCCAAAGCAGAAGUCUCCCUCAUGUUUUAUAAUUUAGAACCACUGUAUGGUUUAGAUGACAAUAUACAAAGUACUCAAAAGUACACAGAUAACAAGUUUAGGAAACGGGCGUGGAUAUAGCCAAGUAGACAAGGAAAGCAACAUCACCUAUUCAAUAUCUGUGAAUCUGGACAGUUCUUGGUCUUAAACCUAACACUGGCUAGGCACAAUUCCUGAAUUGUAUAGUAUUUUGUGUAUUUUCUUUAGGUCUGUGUGCAUAGGCUACAAUUUGAUUUUUACAGCUUUUACUUCAUGUAUCUAAAGUUAUUGGGAACACAGAGUUUUAAAGGUGGAAAUAUAUUGAAACUUGAUCUAUUCCCUUUGUCUUACAAAUAAAAAAAACCCUGAGGUCUAAAGAAA